AUGACCAACUUCUCGCUACAGGCGGACAUGCGGCGGGCCAAGGACAGGUGCCCCGCCUGCGCCAGGCAGCAACUCCACAUCGAGAACGGCCAGUACGUGCCCGGCGACGAGGUGAAGGGCCAGCUGUACACCACGCGGCGCGGCGGGGGAAGCAGCAGGCGCGCGCGGGCGGCGGCGGCUUCUCGAGGAGGAGGAGGAGGAGGGGGCACCAGUAGUAGUAGCAGCAGCAGCGGCAGCAACGCGUACAACGCGCUGGCUCAGCACGAGAUCCGCCCGGAAGAGAUCGUUUGCACCCACUGUCUUUGCUCCAACGAGAACCACGAGGACACGGGGCCGAACGGGCAGAGGUGUUGCGGGGGCUUGAGGGAGGGGCUGUGGGACAGGGUCUGCGAGCUGUGCAAGGCCUCGGAGAGCUGCAGGGCCUGGGCCAGGGCGAGAGCUUGCCCGGCCGAGGAGGCGGGCCGGGCGCCGGGGGAGCCUAAUCACGCCGGCAAUUCCACGGGCGAGAAGCCGUGCAAGACCGAGGGGAGGGCGAACUUCUGCAUGCACUGCACGUGCCCGUGCGCCCAAGUCCAUCCGCACACGUUCGAGGAUAAGAGCAACUGGAUGUCAACCAACCCCGAGGUUCAGCGAGCGUGCCGCAUCUGCUUGCCCUGCUGGGCGGGGUGGUGCAUCCCGCUGUCUGGGACAAAGCGCAAGCUCGUAGGCGCGACCAUGGAGCCCGAGGAGCCUUUCGCGCGGCAGUGGAGACCCGGCCGAGACGCCGACGUGUUCGUCCUGACGGGCCUCUUCGACGAGCUCACCGGUCUCCUUCCCGAGAACGGGUUCCCGUACGCCGUGUUCGGCUCCUCCCUGCGCUACUUCAAGGGCCUGAUCGGGAGCGCGGAGGCCAAGCACGCGCUGAAGGAGGCCGGCGUGACCCCCGGCGACCGCAGCGGCGCGAUCGGCGAGGCGUGGAGCGGGGGCGGCUCCAUGUACCCGCCGGAGCGGCCCGCCGGAGCGCGGAAGGUCGUGGCAGCGCCGCUGCGCCAGGGGGAGGGCGCAAAUAGGCACUUCUCCAGGGUGCACGGCAGGCGGGACCACAACUGGCAGUGGGACAUGCUUAAGAGCCCGUGGUCGCUCGGGCUGAUGGCGAAGGGGAGGCUCGCCCUCGGGGUCUCCGAGGAGGAGGCGAACGAGUUCGAGGAGGCGGGGAUCAUCGCGUUCCCGGGGCACGUGGUGAAGCACAAGGACUCGGUGAAGAACGGCGGGUACGGGAAGACGAUCGGGACGCUGGUGCUGAGGUCUCCAGAGUCGGCGUUCGUCUGCGUGCAGGGGCAAGGGGAGCGGCUGGGCAGGGCCGUCGAACUGGCCGAGGAGCUCGGCGUGGAGCUUCCCCCAAGGGUCGCCGAGAAGGGGCGCUUCAAGUUCGCCAUCAACGAGCUGGACGCGUGGGCGAUGGUCGGCGGGACGGCGAGGAACGACGCGGAGCACGCGGUGGUCUGCGGGAGGAAGGUCAUCCCGGCCGGGGAGCCCGGGGAGGGUUUUGUGCGUGUGGCGUUCAACAUGAGGUGGGGGUGGCAAGACGACCGGCGGGUGUGAGGCGAUGAGGCGUCCUGCGUGCUUUACCGGGAGGAAGUGCUGUGAGCACCGCGAGAAUGUCGUCGCCGGGAGCGAGACCUUGCAUGCUGCAGAAGGAGGCAUGAUGAUAUGGCGACGUCGUCGUUGUCGGGAGGGAGACCUGCAUGCUACCGGGAGGAGGCGUUUUAAGCAUCUCGAAGCCGUCGGUUCUCGUCGGGAGGGAGACUUGCAUGCUACCAGGAGGACGCGUGGUGAGCACCUCGAAGCCGUCGUUCUCAUCGGGAGCGAGUCUUGCUGUGGUGGCGAUUGAUGCUGUGGAGAAACGGCGACGUUGGGCGGGAGGGAUGAUUGGUGAACAACAGAGAGAGAAGAAAACCAGAGAACAACCCUUAUGGCAUGGAUGAUUCAGUUUAACAUGAAUUCACUGGGGUCCACAACGGGGUUCAAGACAGCGGGGCCCCUUCUCCAACCGCGGCAGCGAUGGCGAGGUGUUCUCGGAUGGUAGGCGGGACCGACGAGGUAUGUGUGGACGUUGUGCCCUUGAGCGGUGUAGAUGUGCCUGCGGUUGGAUGGCCCACAACAAUUGCGACUGUGGUGGCCUACAUUCACAUAACAGCGGAAAAUAUCCCACGCCCCGGCGACAGCGCUGAGUGUUUGGAAACGCCAGCUCUGGUACCGCUCUGUGUGGGGUAUCCGAUAUCUCAAGGGAGCUACGGUAUCUGAAGCGAUCUGUAGCGCAUGCACUUGUUUUUCUGGUACUACUGCGAUUUGCUGCGGAGUGAUGGGAUGAUGAGAUCUACAUAGUGUUGGCAGACCGUGGAUUUUGAGAUCGCAUGCACAUUCUUGUUGGUUUGGGUUCUCGCGCUGGUGAUCGAUCAGCUCCAUCUGCCCUGGGUUUGGGGCUAGGGUAACGGGAGAACCUUUUUGCUGCAUGGGUGGGAAAGCCGAACGUGCAAUAUUUUUUAGUCGCCCGAUACGCGGUGGUUGUGUUUCAUUCUGCCCGCCGGAUGCUGGCCAGGACGCUGCUAACCCUUGUACGUCAAGAAGACGCUUGCUCUAUGAAUAUCUUUGCUUCUCGAGCACCUAUGCCCCCCCCACCCCUCGCUGCAAUUCGGCGGGCGUUGUGUGUUCGGCGCGUGGUACUCUUCAAAGUAGUUGCUUUCAUGCGCAUUCCUUGCCGACAACGCUGCUACAGUAGUUCCUGCCGGGUACAACAGCGUGGCCGCCUGGGCCGAGCGGGAUGUCGCAUCUUAUGAGAAAAAUGACGUGGUACAAAAUCGUGAGGGUGUGACAUAUUUCUCUUUCGUGGGGGCUGCGUUGUGUUCGUUGAGCGCAUAAUAGUGUGUACUUCAUGUCGUGUUGCUGCUGCCGGCGAAGGUCUUUUCGUUUUGGCGCGUUUGACGAAGCUCUGCCUACGAUUCUUGCGAGGAGUACGGAUGACCGUUCUCUCAGCUCCUUGCGGGACUUGUUGGCGAGGCGCUGGCCAAACGAUCGCUGCCCUUGCCUGUCAGCACCUCUUCGACAACACUUGUAUAUUUUCUUCCCGGGCAGAGUUUAUGCAUGUGUCAUGAGUGCUUCGCGUCGCACCUCCCCUUCACGCGCAAGAGGCAGCUCGUUCGCACGCACGGAGUUAACGUACUCGUGUGUUCGAGACAAAUUUGAUGUGAUGGUGUUCAUUGUUUUUUGGCGAGGUACGAGUCUUAUGCCAGGUGUGUUGUAUGCAUGCAUGAAUCGUUUGUGCUGGGAGAGUGCGGGACAGCUCGAACCCCCUUGGUGAUUGGUAAGUGUUUGUUUGGUUUUCUGCUUUUUGCUGGAGCGCACGCGUCGUCAGUGCUGCCUGUCUUUUUUUUUCUACAACAUGAUGACCUCAAGUGUGAAGACGGGGCGCGAUUUGACUAGUAUUGGAACUGGUACAUACCGUGACGGGGGUUGUUGUCGAAGCUCUUCGAGAAGUAUGACCUAGGUGACCGCGACGUGCUGCGUGCUGCCGUUAUGUGUUUGUUUUCGUUUGUGUCGUCUUGUGGUGCUGAUCUCUGGAUCUGUUCCUGUCUUUCUCGUUUUUUCCGUUUUUUCGUCGUGGACGGAGAGAACAUGAAGGAAGGAACAACUGAAAAGAGUAGGUAUCUUUACCUUCGUUCGUCCUUGUUACGUGCGCGUGCGAACAAGCAGACACGUUCCGCCGGUUCAUUGCACGUUUCCAUCUGUCUGUGUUUAGCUGGGUCAAGUGAACAGGGGGUUUCUGUUGGCAGGGUGGGAGGGUGAUGACAUUCGGUACGAAGAGUGAGUGAACACAAAUAUUUGCCAACGAAGCAGCUGAAUG